GGUUAUUGUAAUGUAAGGAAGGCAGCUAGCAUGCCCUCAAAGGAUGUCGGUCCAUGGCGUGGGGCGUGUUCGCGUUCAGUAAGGAUGGCAGGCAGCAACUGGCGGCGGUGCUGCGAGGGCUGCUGAUCGCACAGCUCGUGGUCUCACUGUGCAUGGUCAUCUUCUGCUACAACACCUCGCUGAGGGUCAUGCUGCUUCUGAAGCACGUGCACAAGUUGACGGUAUACUUACUCUACGGACUGAUCUUGCUGCAAGCGUACUGCAUGAAACUCCACUACACGAGUGGGCUCCGUCUCAUCACUCUGCUGCUGCAGUGCCCGCACUGGUCCAGGGCUACUUUGGCCAGCAGGAUCUGGCUGGCUAGUGGAACCAUCGUCGCAUUCAAUGGCAUGUUGGUGUAUGGAGCUUGCAGAGGCACUUUGACGGCACUAAUGAAGGAGUUGUCGUCUUCGCUAAGGAUCGGCAUAUCGCAGUAUCUAACUGAACCGACUUGGAAACGAUUGAUGGAUACCAUGCAGGUGGAAUUAAGCUGCUGUGGCGUGGAAAAGCCAAGUGACUGGCACGAAAUCCCGUGGAUCAACAUGGACUUCCUCAAUGAGGACUCUGAUUUAGUUAUGAGGUUAGCAGGCGCCGAUGGCAAGGUGUUGCCUCCAGUGUCCCCGUACUCGUGUUGCACUCCGAGGGUGCUCGCAGCCUGCUACCACGACCCCUUGCAGCAGAGUGAAUGCCGCGAGAUCUGGCGCGACUCGCCGCUUCUGCCCGCUUCGCUUCACGCGCGGGGUUGCGUGGAGGCGGUGCGCGGGCCGCUCACUAAAGCGCUUCUAGCGCUGCACUGCUUCAACACGCUGGUGCUGCUACUGCAGUUGGUGAUAAUGGUUCUGACGCAGCUGUUACGAACAAGCGCGCGCGCCGCGGUGCUACGCGGGGACGGCUCCGGCCCGGGCCGUGCCUACUUGCUGGGCGACCUGCGGGAUUAUACUGCUAACAAGGACGACUGCCUCGACCCGAUCGAGUGUGGCGGCGCGAACGCAGCGCGGGCCGCGAGUAUAUGCUGCGUGCGUCACGCACACACGCGCGCGCGGCCCGCACGCAGGCACGCGCGGUCGCACGCGCAGCUGCGCGCUUCGGCUAGGGCUAGUGAUAAGUGUCUUCGAAGACAUGAAGAAUUUUAGCAGAGACUGUGCACUCACUUGUCGCACAGCUGCGUGAGGUUGGCGCAGGUGUGGUGGUAGGCAGCAGCGGCGUCGUCGAGCU